CAGAGAGAAAAAGAAAGAGAGAGAGAGAAAAAGAGAGAGAGAGAGAGAGAGAGAGAGAGAGAGAGAGAGAAAGAGAUAAAAAAAUAUGGAGAUUAUUGCGAGAGACCAUAAUUUUGAAAAAAUUGAAUCUGUACGUACCUAUAGUUAUUACAUGCACGAAUCUAAGAGGAUUAAAAAAAGAAAACGACCGAUCAAGAAUAGCUAUUCAAUCUGUAGUCAGCAGAGAUGUUGUAUACGAAUGUGAGAAAAAUUUAUUGCAUUUCAUAUUUUAGCUAUCUCUCAUUACAUUCUUGAAAAGAAAAAGAAAAGAAAAAAAAGGAAGUAAGACAAAUUACCCAAUGACUAUUUUAGAGGUUCCUAUUAAAACAGCGAUUAAUAACUAGUUGAACGAGAUAUUAAGCAAGAAUAUUGUAAUGCUAAAUAAGUAAUCAAACGUAAUAAUAUCGACACGUAUGAAAUACGUGACAGAAUUGUUUUGCCUUCCUCAGGUCUCAUGGUCGAUCGUCUUAUCGUAAAACUUUGUAAUAUAUCAAAGAAAAUUUUUGUUCGUCUAUUUUUCUCUUUUUUAAACAGAUACAGAUUUCGUUGCAGCAAACACGCUUAUUUGACAAUAAUGAUUACUCGACAGUGAAAGUUGGCCUACAAACAAAGUAGACUUUUUCAAAUGUCUACGAUAUUUUUAGGAUAUAUUUCCAAAAUAUUCAGUAUAUUUUUCUGGAUGAUGUUGAUGCCAAAGAAAUUUGUACAUUAAAAUCAUAUUAAUUUUCUUCCCUUAUUAUCGGCGCAUUCUUUAUUGUACUUUCAUUUAUUAAUUUCACUUUCUAUUUUGAUAUUAGAACGAUAAAGAUGAGCCUGUUCUUGGCGAGUGUGAGGAGCACCUACACUAUUACUUGUUAUUAUGACAAAAUAAGCAAUAUACGAAAGCUUCUGUUGUAUUUUAGUUAUUGCACGUGUAUUAAAAAUUAUUUAAAAAAAAGAAAAAAAGAGCAAGCAGAAUAUAGAGAACUCUUUGUAAAUAUGUAUCUACGGACUACAAAACUAAGAGCUGACACGAAUAUAUUAUAGUAUUGUGACUUGAACUGUGGAAACAAUAAAAUUGGAAGUAGAACUUGGAAUGUUUCUAAAUUUUUAAUCCUAAGAAAAUCUUAAUGUCUUGAUCUUAAUAUCCUACAUUUUCAAAUUGUUACUCUUUCAAUAUAAAUCUACAGUUGUAAAAUCUUAAACAGGAAACUGUAACAUGACACAACAUCGUAACGAUCAUGUGUUUUGUGUUCACCUAAUUGACCUUAAUUAAACGUCAUUAAAUUCGUAGAAGACGCCAUUCAGAAGCUUCCUUAUGAAUCAUACAAAAGUUCGACGGGUGUGUCAUGUGUUCAAAAUGUUUACUGAGACGUUUUGAAACAGUUUUGUAUAUCCUAUUGGAAGACUUAUAAGGUGCCUCAUGUUGUCAGCCGACAGUCUAUGAGAUUAGUAUAUUCUCGAAGGGAAGACAGACAAGAUGGAACGAUGGGUUGGAAAAGUAGCUGCCGUUACUGGUGCGAGUGCAGGAAUCGGUGCAGCUAUUGUUCGACAAUUGGUUACUAACGGUAUGACAGUAGCUGGAUUAGCUCGUAGAACAGACAAAAUCGAGGAACUUUCUAAUAGUUUAGAAGGGGCACCAGGGAAACUUCAUGCAAUUGAAUGCGAUGUGACCAAAGAAGAGAGUACAACAGCUGCGUUCUCUUGGAUUGAAGAAAAUCUUGGAUCUCUCGAUUUGAUGAUCAAUAAUGCUGGUAUCGCUAAGGAGUCCUCGAUAACGGAAGGAUCACUUGAAGAUUGGCGAGUCGUUUUCGAUGUGAACGUCUUAGGAGUUUGUUUGACUAUGCGAGAAGCGACACGAUUAAUGCGUAAGAAAGGCGAAGAUGGUCUGAUCAUUAAUAUAGGUAGCUUGGCUGGAGAAAGGGUACCUGCUGUACCUGGUUUCGGUGUUUAUCCAUCCUCGAAACGUGCGUUAACUGCACUUGCACAGACACUACGCAAUGAAUUGAAUGGGACUAAAAUACGUGUCACGAAUAUUAGUCCUGGUCUCGUGGCAACCGAAUUGAUGGCAUCUUAUAGUGCCUUCUCCGAAGAAGUUCUAGCUACUAUGCCAUCGUUGAAAGGUCGAGAUAUAGCAGAUGCUGUGUCCUACGUUCUAUCUACUCCAUCUAACGUCGUUAUUCAAGACAUCGUUCUACGACCAAUGGGCGAAACUUGGAUUCGGUACGUCGCUAUUAUAUUUACCCAAUGCGAUCACUGUGAUUCGAAUAAAAUAAAAUCUUUUAAUCCGCCAAAAGAACGUUUUACUCAUCUACGCAAAGAAACUUUGAGAUUAAAAUAUAUUUGGUCCUAUGAAAAAAUUCCAACUAGAUGUCAUAUUCAGCAAGAACUUAAUACGUUAUAUAAAGAAGCCUUCAAUUAUGUUAAAAAUAAUGAAAACCUAUCGGAAGCUUCUAAAUUGAUUACAAAAAUGUUGAAACACGAUCCUAGAUCUCAUAAGAUCUAUGCUUUGAGAGGGACUAUUUUCAAACUUCAAGGAAAAUGGACUAAAGCGAUCAAUAAUUAUGAGAUCGCACGAUUAAUGUUUAAAUUGGCGAACAUGCCGAGUUAUGAAGAAGUCGAUAUUCAUUAUAUCAAAUCGUUGAUUAAAUGCUAUGAAGCCAGAGGAGAUUGUUAUUAUGAUCAUGAAUUAUUUUUACAAGCGGCUAGUGAUUACGAACGUAUCAUAGCAUUGAAGCCUUCUGAUACAUCGAUCAUCGAUGUAGAAUAUGAAGCAUUUUGCUUGUACUGGUACGAAUUCAUGAAAAAUUCAAAUGCGAUGAGACUCUCUGAUCUUUUAACAAUCCACGCAAAAUAUAAAUUUUUCUUAAGAGACAUCGAAUUGACACGUGAAUUUCUUCUAGAAGCUCUCAUUUUAAAUGAAAAUAAUAAGGAAGCUCAAAAACUUCUACAGACGAGGAAUCAUCAUUUCUCAAUAAGAACCCAAGUAACAGAAAAUAUAUUAAUUUUAUUAAAAAUGGAGUGGAGUGGUUUAGACAAAGUAGCUGUCGUAACUGGUGCCAGUUCUGGUAUUGGUAAAGCCAUUGUUGAAUUACUUGUCUUAAAAGGUUUGAAAGUCAUUGGGCUCGUUCGUCAAAUAGAUGAACUCAACGCACUCGCCGAAGAAUUGAAAUCGAAGCCAGGCAAAUUAUUACCUCUUCAAUGCGAUCUAACGAAUCAAGAUGAAGUCAUCAAAACGAUAGAAUGGAUUGAAAAAAACGUAGGUUUUGCUAACAUAUUGGUAAAUAACGCAGCAUUGAAUCUUGGCACAGGUUUUUUUACUGGUGAAGUAGAAGAUUGGAAGAAAAUAUUUGAUCUUAAUAUUCUUGGUCUUACAUGCAUUACAAAAGAGAUUUUAAAGUUGAUGAAAAAGAAAGGUAUCGACAAUGGUUGUAUCGUAAACGUAAACGACACAUUUGGAUUGAAAAUUCCAAUGAAUCCUGAACGUCCAGCUUCUCCUGCUUAUAUAUGUAGUAAAUUUGCGCUUACAGCGUUGACAGAGUGUCUUCGUUUAGAAUUGGCACAGCUCGAGUCUAACAUCAAAGUCAUUUCUAUUUGUCCAGGAUUAGUUGAAACCAAAAUGACUCAACAAUGGUUAAAGGAAAAUCCACGUUUGGCUUUGCAACCCAAAGACGUUGCUGAUGCUAUUCUUUUCACAUUGCAAACACCAGAAAAUGUUCUCGUGAAGGAUCUUAUUAUUACACCUCUUCGCGAAAUUUAAACUCUACAAAUUUCUGUGCUGGAAAAAUGUAGUAAAAAUAAAUAAAAAAGGAAUACGACAAUAGAGUAGGUUUAUAAAAACGAAUACCAAAAUAAAAACUUUUCAUUAUA